AUGAACGGCCACUUCUCCGCCGUCGGCGACAAGCCGGGGGGCGCGUCCAGCUACGAGCACGGCGUCCAGGUCAUUGACGAGGACAAGGAGUUCAAUGACAACCUCAACGACUAUCUCCGCGUCAGCCAGGUCGCCGAGGCCGGCUUCAACUACCACCUCAUAUCCGUCUUCGGCUCCCAGUCGACGGGCAAGUCUACCCUGCUCAACCACCUCUUCGGCACCGAGUUCUCCGUCAUGGCUGAGACGGAGCGCCGCCAGACCACAAAGGGCAUAUGGAUGUCCAAGAACCGCCGCACCGACAGCCACAUGGCCGACAACAUCCUCGUCAUGGACGUCGAGGGCACCGACGGCCGCGAGCGCGGCGAGGACCAGGACUUUGAGAGGAAGAGCGCCCUCUUCGCCCUCGCCACCAGCGAGGUCCUCAUCGUCAACAUCUGGGAGCACCAGGUCGGCCUGUACCAGGGCGCCAACAUGGGCCUGCUCAAGACCGUCUUUGAGGUCAACCUGCAGCUCUUCCUCAAGGACAAGCAAUCCACCCCCCGCUCCCUGCUCUUCUUCGUCAUCCGCGAUCACAUCGGCAACACGCCCCUUUCGAACCUACGAACCACCCUCAUUCAAGACUUGACCAAGAUCUGGUCGACGAUAUCAAAACCUCAGGGGCUCGAAAAGUCCACGAUAGAAGACUACUUCGAUUUCGCCUUUGCUGCCCUCCCGCACAAGGUUCUACAGGAGGACAGGUUCAAGUCCGAGGUCCAGAAGCUGGGCACGAGGUUCACCGCGGGCCACCGGGCCGGCAAACCCGACGGUCAUGGCGACCACGAGCUCGAGGGCGGCGUCUUCCUGCCCGAAUAUCACCGCCGAAUCCCCGCCGACGGCUUCUCCGUGUAUGCCGAAGGUGUCUGGGACCAGAUCGUCAACAACAAGGAUCUCGACCUGCCGACCCAGCAGGAGCUUCUCGCUCAGUUCCGAUGUGACGAGAUUGCGCGCGAAGUCCUAGUCGGCUUCGACACGACCGUCGCCCCUCUCGAGGAGCAACAGAAUGAGGCCGUCAAGCUCGGCAAGAUCUUGGUCCUGGGCGACCUUGGCACGACCGGCAGCGUGGCACGCCAGCAGUGCAUCAAGGCGUUUGAGACCCAGGCGAGUCGCUAUCACAAGGGCACAUACACGCGGAAAAGGCAGGAGCUGGAAGCCAAAAUUGACUCAAGGCUCAAGACAUUGUAUCUGGGCCAGCUGGCGGCGGCGCAUAAGGCGGGCGUCGCGGCCUUCAGCGAGGCCGUCACGCACAAGGUCAAGGCGGGGCAAAAGGCCGGCGGAGGCUACGAAUUCGCCGAGAUAGUGGCAAACGAGAAGAAGAAGACGCUCGGCAUCUUCAAGACGGAGGCCAUGGGCCUCGCCAUCGAGGGCGUGCCGUGGACCAACUUCAGGUCGCAGUACCAGCUGUUCGAGGCCGAGCUCGACGAGGUCAGCGCAAAGCUGCGCAAGGAGGAGAUGCGCCGACUGGCCACGCGCGUCGAGCGCUGGGUCAAGUCCAGGCUGGGAGAGGCCAUCGGGCUCGAGUUCAACAAGCUCGGGUCCGGCCGAGGCGGGUCCGGCGCGCCGGAAGAAGGCGAGCAGCCCACGGAGAAGGACCUCUGGGACCGGAUCUGGAGCGUCUUCACGGGCAUCGUCGGGGAGGCCGAGGGGCGUUUCGCAGAGCGCGCCAAGAGCUUCGACGCUAGCGACGACGAGGCCGAGGUGGGCAUGUGGCGCCUGCGCCGCAAGAGCUGGGUCGGCCUGCGAGAGAAGAUCGAGGAGGAGGUGAUGGAGGGCAACAUCCUCCUCAAGCUUCGGGAAAACUUUGAGGAUAAGUUCCGCUACGACGAGGCUGGCGUUCCGCGGAUAUGGCGCCCGUCGGACGACAUCGAGGGCAUCUACACCAAGGCCCGCGAGUCCACACUCACGCUCAUCCCGCUGCUCUCGAGGUUCCGCCUAUCCAAGACGUACGCCCCGCCGAACCUACCGGGCUUUAUUGGACCCCAGCCCGGCGGCGUGGAGGUCGGGGACGAGGAGGACCUGACGCCCAUUGGCGGCGUGGAUGAGGAGGAGGGCAAGAGCCUGGAAGAGGAGAUGACGGUGCUGAGCGAGAGCAAGCGGCAGGACCUGGUGGUGCGCUUCAAGAAGACUGCCGACGGGGUGUACGUCGAGGCCAAGCGUAGUGCCAUUGGCGGCGUCGCCCAGGUGCCAUGGUACUUUUACGGCCUGCUCCUGGCGCUCGGCUGGAACGAGAUCUUUAUGGUCUUGCGCAACCCCUUCCUCUUUAUCCUCCUCAUCAUGAUCGCAGGAGGAACCUACGUGGCGUACACGCUCAACCUGCUGGGGCCGAUGAUGCAGAUGAGCAAUGCGGCCUUCAACCAGGGCGUCGACAUUGCCAAGCAGCAGCUGCGCGACUUCAUCGCCAACUCGGAGACGGCGAGGCAGGCGCUGGCGGUGCCGGCCAACGGCAACAGCAACGGCACGCGCGAGGACAUUGACAUGGACGACUUGGAUAGCCGCGGCAAGAAGACGACGAGGCGGGCCGAGGAGCACGAUGAUGAGAUUUGA